CAUUAAUCUGGCACUGUCAGAGCACGUCAUUCUUGCGUAGUAGCCCUCGCGACCCCUCCUCAAGGCCAUAUCACCCUUCAAAUACACCUGGCUAGAUACCCACCUCCAAACUAACUAUCGUCAAAGUUCACUAUCUUUGCCUCUAUCUCUCUUUUUGCUGCUCCCGCGGUGAUCAAGCCGCUGUGGAGUCUCCCUCUCCCGUAAGCGGCGUCACCAACACAGCCAAUCAAUCAGUCACAGCGACAUCACUUGAAGUCGCAAUUCCCAUUAAUUUAAGCCGCUUAUUUUAGCAUCAUUUGAUCGCAAAUCUUGCUGUGCGAAAGUCACCCAGCCCAGACCGAAAGAGUCUACUUACCGGGACACGAGAUCUGACACAACCCCAUAGCCCUUCUCUCUGCACAAGACCGCCAUUCUACACCAUGUCCCAUACCUCUAGGCGCCGCAAGAAUGUUUCAGGCCAUUCCCGCCAGAAGGAAAUUGUUCAUGACAAGCAUGGGCCGCACAAUGGUGGCCAGCCUCCUCAUACACGACCAGGUGAACAUUUUCCAGGAGAGUGCUAUACUUCUCAUGGCAUCAACAGCGAAAAUCUCGAAGUUAAGGGCCAUGAUUUCGACUUUAUUCACCUCCGAUGCCCCUUCUCGUCGCCAGAACCAUGCAGUUGCGGCCGUCAUUCAUACCAUAUGGACUCAAUGAUCGUCGCUGUCGACGGAGCUUGCCCUGGGAACGGCUCGCAUAAAGCAGUCGCCUCCGGAUGCGGCGUCUGGUUUGGUCCCAGAUCUGCCGAUAGUGACAAUAACACUAUACAACCAAAUCUGUCGUUUCGAGUUCCCGACGACCCGAUCCAUCCACAUACAAGUCAGCGCGCCGAACUGCACGCCGCUAUUGCAGGACUGGAAAGUUCUAUGAAGUUCGCAACGCAUGGAGGACAUAUCAAGUGCGAGGUUCCAGACAGUUGCCCGGAGCCGUGUCGAAUCACCCAUCUGAUCAUCAAAUCAGACUCGGCAUACAUUGUUAACGCCAUGACAGGAAGCCUUUGGAAGUGGCUAAAUAAUGGUUGGCUUACAACUAAAAAAACCCCUGUCAAGAAUAAGGACCUUUGGGAACUUUUGUUCGCUGGAUAUUCUCUACUUGUACUAAUGGGUGUUACAGUGGACUUUUGGCAUGUUCCGCGCGAGAAAAAUGCAGAAGCCGACUCUCUUGCUCGCCAGGGAGUGCACUCUCAGUGCACAUAUGGUGGGGAAAAACUCUGAUACAAUUUUGAUUGUCUUUGAGGGCUUGGAAAGAUCGCUGCACUCUCAGAAGCAGACCUAUCUAGCAUUACAAGUCUAUUCUUGUAAUACCGGUAACUACCUGUUAGCUUCAUUCAUCGGGCUUUAUUUGAUCGUGUGCUCCCGUGUUGCAUUUUAUUCUAUAACUUCAUUUCCUACCAACGAUUACUUGUCAAUAGAUCCAAAU